AUGAAAUACCAAGGACAAGCACUGAUGGGAAGGACAUUCAUGGGAUUGGUUUUGCUGAUAUUCUUAGAAGUGUUGAUGGGUAUCCAGCCAAGUACCGCUAGCAGAGUAUGUGGAAGACAGGGUUUUCUGAACCGGAUCGUAGGAGGGAAGGAUUCCCAGGAUGGAGAAUGGCCUUGGCAGGUCAGCAUCAAACUGAAUGGGGAACACCACUGUGGAGGGUCCCUCAUCAGUGAUCAAUGGGUUGUCACAGCCUCACAUUGCUUUAAACUGAUUGAUUCGCCUUCCAAUUUCACAGUCCUGCUUGGAGCACUGAAACUCUCAAACCCAGGUCCUUAUUCCAUCACGACUGGGGUGAGAAACAUUGUCACCAAUCCAGAGUAUGAAGCAGGGGGUAUGAGGAGUGGGGACAUUGCCCUGGUACAACUGGAUCAGCCGGUGGACUUCUCCAGCCAUAUCACACCCAUCUGUGUCCCUGAUGCCAAUGUCAACUUCCAACCAGGCCUCAAGUGCUGGGUCACAGGCUGGGGAGAUGUACAAGAAAGAGGAAGGCACCUCACAUCUGAUACUCUACAAAAGCUGGAGGUUCCCAUCAUCAGCACCAACAACUGCAAUGCCCUGUACAACCAAGGCUCCAAAGAGCUUGAAGCCACAAAAGAUAUUAAAAGGGACAUGAUAUGUGCUGGUUUUGCUGCUGGGAGACGAGAUGCCUGCCAGGGUGAUUCCGGAGGCCCUCUGGCCUGCCAGUUAGGAAACUGCUGGCUCCUUGCUGGUGUGGUCAGCUGGGGAGAAGGCUGUGCACAGAAGAACCGCCCAGGGGUCUAUGCCCGUGUCACCUUUUACCAGCCCUGGAUCCACAGUGUCAUACCGGAGCUGAGGUUCACAAGCAUCAGGGGCCACUGGACAACAGUGAACAACAAGGGUGCCACCAGCAGUGCAUCAGCCGGCAGUUUUAGCCUCCUCUCUGCAAUUUUUGCCACUGUAGUUUUGCUCUUAUCUUUGGAGUAGACUCUACAGAGAAAACAAAUUGGUUUUCCUUGAACUACUUUUUUUGUUAAAUCUACUUGAAAGAAAUAAUCAGACUCAUGAUUGCCAGUUUGAACAUAAAGAAGAUGUCAGCUGCUCAACUUUUAAGAAGAGUAUACAGAAAUAUGCAUUAUUUUAUAUUUUAUAUGGAAACUCAGAUUUACAGGUUAUGUUGCUGUUCUUGGACUCAGAACAGCAACAGGACCAGAUUUUGUUCAAGCUGACUGGAGCCUAAAGGUAUACAUCCAGGCAUAGUUUUCAACCUUGAGGAGUUGUUCCAAACCCAUUCAGGAAUAUUAUCUGUGGUGGACAGGACAUUUUACCUAACUCUCACCACCUGCUCCAGACUUACCGAAAAGCAGCAACGAUUAUCUGGGAAAAUGUCAUUUUCAUGUACUCACAAUGCCUUGGAUACACCAUACUCCAAUGGGGUAUUGUGGGUACUGUAAUUAUGACUGUCAUCUUUUAAUCACUCACCAUUAGCAAUGGUCAUCCCAGAGUAUUGAAAAGUGAUGUUUGGUCUACAGCUUUCAGUAUUACUUAGCCAAUAUGUUCUCUGUUUAGGAUGGUUGAGACAAGUAAUCCAAAAAAACAUUCUCCAGCUUUUGGUGCUGCUGAUACUCAACACCAUUAACUCCAUCAAGUCUAUAAUUGAGGGUACAGACAGUCCCCAAGUCAUGAACAAGAUAGAUUCAGUAGGUUAGUUCAUUUUAUGUAAGUUGGAAUAGGUAUAUUUUUAAGUGUAACUCCGAAUAUUUUCUUCCUUAAUUUAAUGAAUAUAUUAUAUUACACAAUGCUGUAUUUAGCCAUUACUACCUCUGUAUUUAGGGACGGACUACCUCCAGACCCCAACAUUGGCUACCAUAAAUAUUCUUGCCAUGCUGAUUUCAUGGUAUGCCUUCAUGGUUCGCUGAUAGUGGAGCCAUUUAGUAAUGUUAUAAUUUGGAGCUGAUAUUUUUAUUAUAUUAAAAAUACAUCAAAAUGGAACAAGAUAGCAUGGCAGUAUUUGUGGGCCACCCUGCUUAUUCGUUUACGGGUGGCUUGGACAUCUACCCCAAUGUCAUAUCCUGGUAGGAUGGCUCUUUCCUGAAUGACUAGCAUGGUGUCUGGUGUAUAUAUGAAUGUAUACGUGUAUUUAUGUUCUUAUUUAUUGUUUGUAACACUUGAGGUAUUUUAUUUUGCAACAUACAUACAAUUCCUCAACUAAGUCUUUUUUUACUUGGCCAAUGGAGCCCCAUCCAGAUCAUGACUCCCACACAUCAUUGUCUCUCUCUUUCCUGCUUGCACAAUAAACUCCUUGAA